AUGAAGGUUGAAGUAGAAGUAAUCUCCAAGGAGAUUAUCACCCCAUCUUCUCCAACCCCUGCUCAUCUUCGCCAUUACCAACUCUCCUCCUUUGAUCAAUUAGCUCCCCCAGUCUAUAACCCUUUGGUCCUCUUCUACGAAUUCAAUGACAAGACAGCCCCCAACAUUACUGAAAUAUCCAGCCACCUCAAAAAGUCCCUAGCCGAAGUCUUAACCGUUUUCUACCCAUUAGCCGGACGAAUCAAACACGACGACUGGCAUGUUGAUUGCAAUGAUGAGGGCAUUCCCUACCUUGAAGCUCACGUCAAUUGCAAACUCUCUGACUUCCUCAAGAAUCCGAUCCCUGAUCAACUUAGCAAGUUCAUGCCAUUUGAACUUGAUGAUCAUAUUGGUAAGGAGUUGGUCCUAGGGGUCCAGCUCAGCAUCUUUGAAUGUGGAGGAUUUGCAAUUGGUCAAUGCAUCUCUCACAGGCUUGCCGAUGCGUCAUCUUAUUUCAUGUUCAGCAAAACUUGGGCGGCCAUAGCCCGUGGCGAAUCCAACAUAGAGCAUCCAGACUUUCUGUCAGCAACACGUUUUCCACUGAAGGAUGUUAUGGCAUAUGAUCCAAGCACUGAAAUCUCCAGGAAUAAAGUCACAAAGAGGUUUUUAUUCAGUGCCUCUAUGAUAGAGGCUCUCACAGCAAAGUAUGGGGAAAGCGCUGUAGGCUUAGAAGAAAACCGGAAACGCCCAUCACGUGUUGAUGCUUUAACGGCUUUCAUAUGGAGUCGAUAUAUGGCCAAUACCAAUAAGAUUACAGGACCUCAUGAUGAGAAGUUGUAUAUUGCGGUCCAUGCUGUGAACCUACGCCCAAGGUUUGAUCCACCAUUGCCACAACAUUCUUUUGGAAACAUUUACCGUGCUGCCACCACAGGUCCCUUACUAAGUACUGGGGAUGCAUGCAGUGCAUAUGGUCGGGCUAUGAGGGAAUUACGAGAAGAAAUACACAAGAUCGACAAUGACUGCGUCAAAGGACUACAGCAGGGUGCUGAGCAGUCGGGGCUCCCCUUCAAUGAGAAUACUGGUAGACUAACCGAACUAGAGCUGGUUAAGUUGGGCUUCAGUAGCUAUUGCAGGUUUCCAGUGUAUGAUAAUGAUUUCGGUUGGGGAAGGCCUGCGUGGGUGUUCUCAACACCAUUGACCUUCAAGAACGUAGCAACUUUCAUGGACACCAAAGAGGGUGAUGGAAUAGAGGUAUACAUCAGUUUGGAGGAGCAACUCAUGGCUAAAUUUGAAACUGAUGCCGAGUUCUUGGCCCCUAUGUGUCUCCAAGCGGGCGCUGAAGAGCCCUUUGGUUGUUAA